CAUCAAUUCAUGUGAACGUUAUUUAUGUGACAUUUAAUACAAUCCGAGAAAAAGCGGUAAAUUAUAUGAAAAGGAUUUGAGAAAUAAAUUGAAUUGAAUUGAGAUUUGAAUCCAAUUUGAGUCAAUUGUAGUCACAAUGAGUUAUAGCGACGAGCGGUUAGACUCACAACAACUCUUUGAUUACUGCCUUUUAGGACAACAAUUGGCCACAAAUAUAGCCACGAGUUGUGCCGACACUCAACACAACCACUUCUUCGACAGCGGAGGCCAACAGUCAGACAAUUGGCAGACAAUGAGUGAUGUAUUGACGCAACAAAUGAAACAAUUGAUUGGUUUUGAAGGCAAACUCAAUGAUGGCAUUCAGGCGUCCAUUCAAUGCGAUCAAUACAUCCAACAAUUGAUGGCACAAUCAGACAAUCAAUCUUUAAUUGACACAAAUAUUGAUGAGAUAUUUGACGAGAAAUUGACACAAAUUGGCGCUCGAAGUGAGGCUAAUGUUGAGGAGAAGGAGCAAUACGUGAAGUUAAUGGAUGUUUUGAGUGAAUUUAGCGUUAAUACAGGCAAUAACGGCACUGACAACGGAUCAGAUCUACUGAAUGUCUGA